AUGUCAUAUCAAUUUGGGUGGGAGCGCAAUAAGAAUCAUAUAGGAAGCAAGUUAGAAUUACGGUGCGUGUGGUAGUGGAACGACUAGGGGAGGAAAAUAGGAAAGGAAAAUCUUGUAAAUAGAGCAUUUGCCUGUAAAUAUAAAAUAAAUACCUCGUGAGAUUUAAUAAACAUGUGUAUUUUGCACAUUUUUUAAAUGUCUUAAAAAAAAAUUAUUCAAAAUGUUUUUGUAGUUUGUUUAAUUAACCUAUUUAUUUAUAAAUAUAUAAGAGAUAAUGAAUUUUUUAAUAUUUUUUUAAGUAUUGCAUUGUGUUGUUUCUUAUGUUUUUAGACCAAUAAAGGAAGAAUUUAUUGAUGACCUUACAUCUUACAAUUCUAUUGAUGAUAAUAAAUCAAUGCUAAUAGAGUGAGUCUUGUGUUAUUUAAUGUUUUAUUAUUUACACAUUUUUUUAAAUAUACCUAUAGCCUUGUUUACAAGGUUCACUCUUGAUGGUAGUUUUUGAUGAUUUAAAAAUGAAAACAAAUGUUUUACACAGUUCAUUGAUAAUUAUUCCAUUUAUCAUUAUGAAUGUUUUUGGUUUUUUUUUUUAUGAUCACAAACCAACUUUCUUCAUUGUGGAUGGUUACUUUAAAUAAUUUUAUGUUUACAUUUUUUAAUUUUUAUUUCAUUAUGAAUGAUUCAUCAAAAGUAAAGGUGUGCAAAUGCGGCUCUUUUAUAAUCUCUAAUGUUCCGCUGAUCUUAUUAUGAAUCUAUGGGAUAAUAUUAAUCCAACAAUUACCAUUAAUGACUAUCAAUUACCUAACAUAGAAGGUAAACUUUUACUAAAAAUUUUUUUUUUUGUUUGUUAACUUAAUAAAUAAAUAAUUUUUCCUCAAAAUUAUUAUAAUCAUUCUUCUUGUAAUUUGCUAAUAAUAAUAAUUUGAACAUAUUCUACAAAUUGAUGCCAUAUUGCAUGUUACAAAUGUAAACUUAGUGAACUAGCAGUUACACACCUGAUAAAAUUGAUGCCAUCCUACAAAUAAAACAAAAUUUACAAUACACAUAUUCAUAUGUCAUUAUUAAUUUACUUUCUAUAUUAUAAUUAUCAACUUAUAAUCUACAUCUGUUACCUACUCAUUUAAACCUAGCUCUAUGUAUUUUAUAGUGCCUACCUGAUGUAUGUUAACAUAUUAAAAAAUGUAGUUGUAUUAUUAUUACUUAUAGCAAAGCUAAAACACCCUCCACCCACAGAUUUUAUUCUGAUUAGUUCUGAAAUUAUAUUUAGUUUAAGUACUUAUUAUUAUGUAUUUUUAAUGGUGUAGUUAAUAUGAUUAUUAUUAUAUUUUUCAGAUACAUUUUCAAUUCUAAAGAAAUAGAAGAAAUAAAUGCUCAUAUAAAAAAAGAAGUUGAUUUUAUUGAUGAUAUUGUUUAUGAGAGUCAGAUUACUAUCAAACAUGAUCCAAUAGAAUCAAUUUUAUAUAAAGAAUCACUAUUUGAAGAAGAAUAUUUUACAUGUGCUAUUUGUAUCAAUUUAUUUACUUCAAAAUCGAGUUUAAAAUGCCAUAUGAAAACUCAUUUUGUCAAAAAACCAUACCCAUGUCAAGUAUGUAAUAAAUCAUAUUCUACCUUAUCUGUUUUACGAAAUCAUAUGAACGUCCAUAGUGAGAAAAAGUAUCAAUGUAAGACGUGUAAAAAGAAAUUUUCUUUUUCAUCCAAUUUAAUCAGACACAAAAGAACUAACAGUGGAGAAAGGCCUUACCAAUGUGGCAUAUGUAUGAAGAAAUUUGCUCGAAAAGACCAUUUAACAACUCAUAAAAUAAGUCAUAGUGGAGAAAGACCUCACCAAUGUGUUAUGUGUAUGAAGACAUUUACUCGAAAAGACCAUUUAAAUUUUCAUAAAAGAACUCAUAGCACGGAAAGACCUCACCAAUGCAACAUGUGUAAAAAAACAUUUUCUCAGUUAUCCCAUUUAAACACCCAUAUAAGUACUCGCUGUGGGGAAAGAAAUUAUGAAUGUGAUGUGUGUAAAAAGAAAUUUCCAGUUAUUCCAUUUAAUCAGACAUGA